CACUCUUAGGAAAGCACCACAUCCUAACCACUGGUUAACCCUCACCAGGGGACUGCCUUCGGCCCCGCCCCAACAUUUGCCUUUUAUGAUCUGGAUGUUUUUGAAGAAGCAGGCUAAUUUUUUUUGUUUUUUUUUUUUUGUAGAAUGUCCCGCAGUUUGAGUUGCCUCAAUAGAUUGAGGUCAUCCAUUUUGGGCAGUGCCACCAUGGAAGGGGUGCCCUGUCCUGAGUGUGUUAUAUCCGGAUGCCCUUGGUGUCCGUUUGCCCCAUUACUGUACAUGUUGAUUUUAAUGCCAACAUAGAGUAGUGUCUCCCACGCUUCUCCACUGCAAAGUUACUCUGAAGUCUUUACAAGGAAUAUCUUGUGAGGAGGUACUUUUAAGACUGCAGAUAUCCUGGGCCUUCUCAAACGUAUGCCAGGAUAAUGCAGACUCCGCUGGCCACUCCUGUGCCUGUGCUCCGGCUCCCCCGGGGUCCUGACGGCUUGAACCGAGGCUUUGCCCCCGAUGGACACAGAGCCCCCCUGAAACCCGAAGUCCCUGAAGUCCUGGAGCCUCCAGAGUCUCGGGAAUCCCAGGAACAGCAGGCUCGAGCCUCCCUGCGGGAGCGCUACCUCCGCAGCCUGCUGGCCAUGGUGGGGCGCCAGGUGUGCUUCACUCUGCACGAGGGCGUGCAGGUGAUCGCCCACUUCGGAGCCACUGACCUGGACGUGGCCAACUUCUACGUGUCGCAGCUGCAGACUCCAAUAGGCGUGCAGGCUGAAGCACUGCUCCGGUGUAAUGACAUUAUCUCAUACACCUUCAAGCCAUAAAGACUUCAUCGUGUUCAUCUUUCUGCCUUGGGCGUAGCUACAGUCUCCCAGGCUAAUAUGCUCCUGAGCUUGGACCUCUGGGCCCCAGAGAGUUCCGAACCCCCUUGGAAAUUCACACCGAGCUCCAAGCAACUCUGACAUCUCUGGACAUCUAGGGUGUAGUUAGUAAACUUCUGCAACUCCAUGGGUUCUACAUCCUGUUGAAAGGAAUGCUCUACCUCACAGAACUCUCAACUCUACAGAUAUAUGGGUUCCAUGCCAGUUCCUGAAGAUUUGGGACAGAGGGAGGGAAUAAAGGAAGGCAGAUUACCUAAUGGGAAAUUGUCUAUUGAAGAGGGUGCAAAGUUCAGCCACCCUGGAAAUAUUCCCCAAUGCUUCUCUCCUGCCAAGGAAUCAAUUAUCUCAGGAAACUUU